GAAGAAUUUAAUAGAAGAAUUGAAAAAUGAAGUGGAAAAUUAUAAAAAACAAGUACAAAAAGUAAAAAAUGAAUUACAAGAACUUAAAAACCAAAACAAAAGUGAUCCUUUUUCUGAUGAGGAAUAUGCUUCAUUUGAUUCAGAUAAUAAUUUAUCAGAUCAUUCUUUUUUCAUAAAUUCUUCAGAAGAUAAUGAUAAUUUAUCUGAUUUAUCUGAUAAUUCUCAUGAUACCACCACUACUGUUCAAAAUGAAAGUGAUUCUGAAAGACCAUAUAUGUAUAGUUUUGCUAAUGUUUUAAUGUCUCUUUUUCCCAAUAAUUCUCAAGAUACACGUAACAAUGAACAAAUUGAAGAAAUUAGCAGAUACGAUAUUAACUUAAGAAAUAUUAACGGUUCGUGGGAAAGAGGUCGAAAUAAUUCAAAUCCAACCGAUGAGCAGGUAAAUCCUUCGUCUUCAAGUUCUUUGUUUAAUGCCAAUGCUAAUGAAUCAUAUGAUAUGGUGACAACAGAAAUAAUUGAUAGACAUUCAAAGGCAGAUCGUGCUGAAUUGUCAACACAGAGAUCAAGAGAUGUGGCAUCUACUUCGGAAAAUAAUCGUGAAACUCCUGAUGUUGACAACGAAAGAAAUAACUAUAGUGAAGAUGAAAAUCCAAAUGAAAGUAGUGAUGAUAUGCUAGUGAAUAACAGGAAAAGAAUUUUGAAGAGAAAAUUCUCUUUACCAGUUCUGUCAGAUAUAUCAGAUGAUAGUAUAAAUGAACCACGACGAAUGAGAAGAAGAAGAGUUAGACCACUUGUAGAAUCUUCUGAAGAGAAUAUUUUAGAACAUGGGGAUGAAAUAUUAGAAAUUACAAGACCAUCACAUUCUCGUGAAACAUGCAAAGGUGCAGAACAAAAUAAACGUGCUCUAAGUGAUUCAAGUAUAGUAAAUGUUAGGGAAACUAAACAUACACAAAGGAAGACCACAGAAAGAUGUCAAGCACCUCUGAGUAGAGUUCCGAUACCAGUAAAUUCAACAGACUCAACAGAAAAUGAAGAUGAAUUACAAGAAACUGAAACAAAACAAGAAUCACAAUGUUUAAAUCAAAAUGAUGGAAGUAGGACAUUAUCAAGAAUAAGAAGUUGUAAUAAUCAAAGUGAACAUCACAGAACUAGGUCUUCCUUACAAAGAAUAUUUGAUUUUUCAGAAACAAGAAGAGUUCAGGAAGCAUUGAGAUUGAGAUUCUUAGAAAAUUAUAAUUCUUCUAAUCAAGUUGAGAAUGAAGGAACAAAUCCUCCAGAAUCAAGUGAAUGGAAUACAUUAAGACUUAUUAAUAAAUAUUCAGACGAGAGUGAUCCUGACUGGGAACCACCAGAAAGUGAGCCUGAGGACACUGAUAUCAAUAGCAGUGAUGCAAUCGAAUCUGAUUCUAGCUAUGAAGUACAAAUUCCAGAAAGAACCUGGGAUCUUCUUGAAAGGUAAGCCAAAAAUAAUUAGAAUACAUUUUUAUUCUAGGCUUUAGACAAUAAAUUUGUGAUUUGUUUUUGAAACUUAUCCUAGUAAGAAAAGUUUGAUACAUGAUAUUUUCUUUUAUUUUAAAAAGACAUAUUUGUAGUUUGCAGAAUGUU